AGCCACCACAGCUGGCACACCCGGCCAGCCAAUUAUUAGUAUUUCCUUCCUUCCUCCACUCGCCUCACCUUCCUCCAUUCCAAGCCAAUCCGAUCCAAUCCAUGUGCGAAACGCCCCUCGACUUCUCCGUUAUUUACAGUUCGACCCUUCCAGUUUUACACUUUGGUCCCAUGCCCAGUAGAUUUUAAUCCCAACCAGGUCCCCCCCCGGGCGCCAUGCCGACGCCGGUGCCCGCGGCGCGGCAGUGCCUCUCGCCCGCCGCCGUCACCGCCCUCGACGCCGCCGUAGUCUCCGCUCGCCGCCGCGCCCACGCCCAGACCACAUCACUCCACCUGAUCUCCUCCCUCCUCGCCCCAGCCGCCCCGCCGCUCCUCCGCGACGCCCUCGCCCGCGCCCGCAGCGCCGCCUACUCCCCCCGGCUCCAGCUCAAGGCCCUCGAGCUCUGCUUCGCCGUUUCCCUCGACCGCCUCCCCUCCUCUUCGGCCUCCUCCUCCAACGAUGACCCUCCCGUCUCCAACUCCCUCAUGGCCGCCAUCAAGCGCUCCCAGGCCAACCAGCGCCGCAACCCGGACACCUUCCACUUCUACCACCAAACUCAAGCGCAAUCCCCCAGCGCUGUCAAGGUCGACCUCUCUCACCUCGUCCUCGCCAUCCUCGAUGACCCCCUCGUCAGCCGCGUCUUCGCCGACGCCGGAUUCCGCAGCGGCGACAUCAAGCUCGCCAUCCUCCGCCCCGCGCCGCCCAUGCCGCUGCUCGGCCGCCUACCCACGCGCGCCCGCCCGCCGCCGCUCUUCCUCUGCAGCUUCGCCGCUGCCGACGACGCCGACGUCCCCUCCCCCGCCGGGAGCCUCGCCGGCGCCGGCGCCGGGGAGGAGAACUGCCGCCGCAUCGCCGAGAUCCUCUCCCGUGGCCGCAACCCCAUGCUCGUCGGCGUGGGGGCCGCAUCCGCCGCGGCCGACUUCGCUGCUGCGUCCCCGUACCGCAUCCUCCCUGUCGGUCCCACCUCCAUCAAUCAAAUGGAGAUCGGCGUGGCGGCAGCAACGACCACCUCCCCCGGCCUUAUCAUAAGCAUCGGAGACCUCAAGGACUUGGUCCCCGACGAGGCCGACCUGCAGGAGAGGGGGCGCCAGGUGGUGGCGGAGGUCACGCGGGUGCUGGAGACGCACAGAGCGGGCCGCGUCUGGGUGAUGGGCUGGUCGGCCACCUACGAGACAUACCUCACCUUCCUCUCCAAGUUCCCGCUCCUCGACAAGGACUGGGAGCUCCAGCUGCUGCCAAUCACCGACGUCCGCCCUGCAGGAACCACAGUUAUGCCUCCCGCCACCACGGUCGCUGCCUUGUCCAGGCCACCUGCCACUGCAAGUACAAGCUUGAUGGAGUCAUUUGCCCCUUUUGGAGGUUUUUUGUGUGAUACCUAUGAAGCAAACAGCCUCGCAGCAAAUUCUUGCCCUCAGGCCCUGCGGUGUCAACAGUGUAACGACAGAUAUGAGCAAGAAGUUGCAACUAUCAUCAGAGGAAGUGGCAUUACAGCUGAAGCCCACCAGGAAGGUCUACCUUCCCUGUUGCAGAAUGGCAGCAUGAUGGUGGGUCCUAACAAUGGAUUUGAUGCAGUCAAGGUUAGAGAUGAUCAGGUAUUGAAUUCAAAAUUUUUGAAUCUACAGAAGAAGUGGAAUGAGUACUGCCUGCGGCUCCACCAAAGCUGCCAGAGGAUCAACAGAGAUCCUUACCAGUUAUUUCCACAUUACAUUGGUGUUCCAGUUGACAGGGAAAGAACAGCAAAUCCAAGCAAAGGUUCGGGGGCAGUUGCACCUCAAAAGGAGGUUGUUAAACCUUCUGCAGUGUCUGCUUCACUUACCAACACAGCUGCAAAGAGUAAUUCAUCGCCAUCUAUCUCCAACCAAAGGAAUGAAGACCUUGUGUUGAAACUUCAAGUCAGACAAUCAAAGAGUGACGAACACCUUCAAGAUAGGGGUGUGCAAUCCCAACAUAGAAACUCACCAAAUUGUGAUCACGAAGAUCAUGUGUCUCCAUCAUCUGCUGCACCUGUGGCAACUGACUUGGUUUUGGGUACCGCUUGCGAAUCUUCUUCCAAGGAUUCAAGUGCUUCCCAGUGUAAACAUGUGGAGGAUACUGAGGGAUCUAUCCACCUUAUGCCCAAAAAGGUGGAUGACUUAAAUCUGAAGCCUCCACAGCUCUUUGUACAACCUUACUCUUGCUCCAGGAGUUCAUCAAAUUGGGGUCAAAUGUCACCUAGUGCUCUGCAUUCAGCAGCUUCAGGAGGCACCUCUGCCUUUGGCCAAUGGCAGAGGCCUUCACCCCUUGCAGCACAAAGUUUUGAUUUGAGGAAUUACAAGCAACUUGUGGAACACCUGUUUAAGGCAGUUGGGCGGCAGGAGGAAGCCUUGAGUGCUAUUUGUGAAUCCAUUGUGCGGUGCCGGUCAAUGGAGAGGUGCCGUGGCGCAAACAAGAAGAAUGACAUAUGGUUUAGUUUUCAUGGCCCGGACAGCAUAGCAAAGCGGAGAGUUGCUACGGUACUAGCAGAGCUCAUGCACGGCAGCAAAGAGAAUCUGAUUUAUCUGGACCUAAGGCUCCAGGACUCUGGUGACUCCAAUUUCAGAGGAAACAUUGGCACAGACUGUCUUGUUGAGGAGUUAAGCAAGAAGCGGCGAUCUAUAAUCUUCCUUGACAACAUCGAUAAAGCUGACUGCCUUGUUCUGGACAGUCUAUCUUAUGCCAUUGAGAAUGGCAAGUUCAAAGACUGGCGUGGGAAAAUGGUUGACAUCAACUCGAUUGUGGUGUUGUCUUCAAGAAUGAUCCAAGGAUGCAGAAAUGCCUCUCUUGGGGUGGAAGAGGGGCAUGCUUUUUCGGAAGAGAAGGCUCUGACAGCUCGCGGACAUCAACUGAAGAUCUUAGUUGAAUCAGGUGCAACGAACAUCAGUGGAGGCCCUGGUGGUAAAGUGGCUGUUUCCACAAAGCAUUCACUCAGCAACAUUCAAGCAUCUUUGUACACCGGUUCUGUCAGUAAGAGGAAGCUCAACAUUUCUGAUGUCCAAGAAAAGCUUCAGGAAUCAUCGAGUAAUUCAAAGCGAUUGCACAGAGCAUCAAGUGUUCCAUUUGACUUGAACCUCCCAGUCGACGAGGCUGAACCCCACGAUGACAGCAGCAGCAGCAGCCAUGACAACUCAUCCAGCAAUCCAGAUGGAUCUGUUGAGAACCUCUUGCGUUCAGUUGACGAGUCAAUCAAUUUCAAGCCAUUUGACUUUGGCAAACUUGCUGAGGACAUGCUUCAGGAGUUCAGCAAUGUCCUCUGCAGCAUUCUGGGUUCUGAGUGCAGGUUGGAGAUUGACGUUGGCGCAAUGGAGCAAAUACUAGCAGCAGCGUGGUCAUCAGAUUCAGAGGACCGGAGGCCUGUGCGGACCUGGCUGGAGCAGGUGUUUGCCAGGAGCCUUGUGCAGCUGAAGCUCAAGUGUAAGCAUGUGAGCAGCUCUACUCUCAGAUUAGUCGCCUGCGAGGACACUGCGGCGAAAGACGAACGUUUUGGUGGUUUGCUCCCCUCAAGAAUAAUUCUAGAUUGAUGAUGAUGAUGAUGUCUGUCUGUAUAGGAAUUGCUGUAAGUAUUGGUUAGCCCACCCACCAUAGUAUUGGUAUAGAUAGCAUCAUUAUUUGGUCGCUGAAUAAGCUGCACGUACGUAGUCUAGUUGAUGUUGAUGCCUUGGGGUUCUUCUAAUUAGCUAGCAGCUAGCUAGGGUCGUCAUGCCUAUCGGCCCUGCCCCUGUGCCUUCUCCAUAUAUGAUAUUUGUAUAUCACGCGGCAUGCAUGCUUAUCGUACGCAUCCAUCGUUAAUCGUGGGUUGUGCAUAUACAUGUACAUAUGUGGCGUUGCUCCAUGUAUAUAUAAUAUGGUGAUGCAUUGCAUGUAUAGGUUGGCUGGAAUGGCCGGCUGGUUCAUACGUGUUGAUGAUGAAUUCCGUAAGCAGGUUAUUGUUUUC